AUGGCCGACGAAACCCCCACCAACGGCAAGAGACCGCUCAUCCUCAAUGCCUUUGUCAUGAUGUGUAGCGGUCAUCAGUCUCCGGGGUUGUGGCGCCACCCGGAGGACAAGUCUUGGAAGUUUGACCAGACGGAGCAUUGGAUUGAGCUGGCCAAGCUGCUCGAGGCGGCCAAGUUUCACGGCAUCUUCAUCGCCGACGUGCUCGGUGGCUACGAUGUGUACAAGAAGUCCUUGGAGCCGGCGAUCGUGUCUGGCGCGCAGUGGCCGGUGACGGAGCCUCUGGCAGUUGUCCCGGCCAUGGCAGCGGCGACAAAGAGCAUCGGGUUCGGAGUGACUAUUUCUACUACGUACGAGCAGCCAUAUCAUCUGGCUAGGAGGAUCUCUACCAUCGAUCACUUGACCAAGGGACGGCUGGGGUGGAAUAUUGUCACGAGUUAUCUGGACUCGGCCGCUAAGAACCUGGGGCGCACUGAGCAAUUAGAUCACGACGAGCGCUACGCCCAGGCCGAGGAGUACAUGAAGGUCAUCUACAAGCUGCUGCAGGCCUCCUGGCGCGACGAUGCCGUCACGCUCGACCGCGAGCGUGGCCUCUACACGGACCCCUCCCUCGUCCGGCCCAUUCACCACGCCGGCGCGCACUACACCGUGCCCGGCCCGCACGUGGUCCAUCCCAGCCCGCAGCGCACGCCGCUGCUCCUGCAGGCCGGCGCCUCCAAGUCCGGCAAGCUCUUCGCCGCGCAGCACGCCGAGGCCAUCUUCACCUCCGCCCACGCGCCCGAGGCCUGCCGCAAGAACGUCGCCGAGAUCCGGCAGGCGGCCAAGGAGGUGUUUGGCAGGGACCCGCGGGGCCUCAAGGUGCUGGCGCUGGCGACGCCGAUCCUGGGCCGCACGGAGGAGGAGGCGCGGGCAAAGUACGAGGAGUAUAGGAGGUACGCGUCGCUGGAGGGCGCGCUGGCGCUGUUUGGUGGGUGGACGGGCAUCGACCUGAGCCAGUACGGCGAUGAGGAGGAGUUGCGCGAGGUGGAAAGCAACGCAGUGAGAUCAACGGUGCAGGCGUAUGCCAGGUUUUCGCCGGCCAACUCAAAAUGGACAAAGCACACCGUGGCCGAGCACGUCAGCCUCGGCGGCAACGGGCCGCUGCUCGUCGGCACCCCGGCGCAGGUCGCCGACAGUCUCGAGACCUGGGUCCGGGAGGCCGACGUCGACGGCUUCAACCUGGCAUAUGCAUUGUUCCCGCAGACGUUCGAGGACAUCAUCGAGCUGCUUCUCCCGGAGCUGCGGCGGCGCGGCUUGUUCUGGGAUGACUACGCGGCCCCGGGCGCGACGUAUCGCGAAAACUUUUACGCCGAGGCCGGUCAGAGACAUCCCAAGCCGGAACAUGUGGCGUCAAAGUAUCAUUGGAAGGCAGGGCAGAGUGCGGAGGAGAGCGCGUUUCCUGAAUAG